AGCCGACUCCGACUACUUACCAUCCGCAGCAUCACCACCACAGCCGCCGCCAAACAGACAAGAUGGGCCGACUUCACAGCAAGGGCAAGGGCAUUUCUGCCUCCGCUCUCCCCUACUCCCGCGCCGCCCCCGCGUGGUUGAAGACCACCCCCGACCAGGUCGUCGACCAGAUCUGCAAGCUCGCCCGAAAGGGUGCUACCCCUUCUCAGAUCGGUGUCGUCCUCCGUGACUCCCACGGCAUUGCCCAGGUCAAGAUUGUCACCGGUAACCGAAUCCUCCGAAUCCUGAAGUCCAACGGCCUCGCCCCCGAGCUUCCCGAGGAUCUGUACAUGCUCAUCAAGAAGGCUGUUGCUGUCCGCAAGCACCUUGAGCGCAACCGCAAGGACAAGGACUCCAAGUUCCGCCUCAUUCUCAUUGAGUCCCGAAUCCACCGUCUUGCCCGUUACUACAAGACCGUCGGUAUCCUGCCCCCCACCUGGAAGUACGAGUCCGCUACUGCCAGCACCAUCGUCGCUUAAGCGGUUUAAAAAAAUCAAUCACGACCGGCCGCCUGGAUGGAGGUGAUGAUGGUUUCCCGGGUCACGGAGUUGGGGGACAAAUGAUGGAAAAACUUGCAUUUAGAGCCAUGAUGCUUAUGCGCCCGCCCUGUCUGGGAGGACCACGGCGAAGUCGAGACUGCUCAAAUAGAAAGCGAUUCGACCGCUGAAAUGUGUAUUCAAUGGGGCUUACUCAACCCAGUGACUGAUAAACUCGAACCUGAACGCCAUUUAUGCCAUAUAUAUAUCCCGUUCCCAAGUGAUUCAGAACCGUGACCAGACGCCUAGGCACUUAAGUAGUUCCCUCAAGUUCUUUUGAUUUUUGAAGGAGGUAUUCUCCCAAUACUCGAAGAGGGUCGUUCGGCUUGUCUUUCGCCAGCUGCUUCAUGCCUUCAAGCAAGACUCCAGUAACCUUGGUGUUCAGAUAUUGCCGAGUUGAAUCGCCAUGCGGGGGAGCCUCGGCGGGGAUGUUGAAACCUGGAUCUGGAUGCGCAGAGGCGGCUCUAGAUCCUUGCGCUGGAGUUCCGGUUCUGGCAGGUACAGGGCUGGGCGCAUGGGCGACGGGGGCUGGAGAGGAAGCAGGUUGAUCGGCUGGCGCAUCAGACAUGACAAUAUCCUUCUGCAGAGCUUCUGCUUGCACAGCAUGCGCGGGGAGCCCAUUGGUAGCGCCCGAGUCCAACGAGGCUGCGACCUGGGGAGCUUCGGUCGUUGUUUCGGGUUUUUGAGCUUCUUCGGCCAUCUUGAAUACUGCCGCAGGGUCGUAAAUGCCUUCCUUUGCUUGAUCCGAAGUGAGAGGAGCUCCUGAGUAGACGGGAGAGUGCGAUGGCUGACGGGCGAAUGUUGA